UCGCACUGUUUUCUCAGUGCACUGCAGAGCAGACCCACGACAAACAGAGGCAACGGGACAUGAAACGGCGGACCGUGCAGGAGCGGGACGGUAGACAAGGUUGAUUAAUUAGAGAAAUAAAGGCACGGUAAUCCAAUACCACGGUCGGGUCAGGGCGCGAGAGGCAGAGGACACCGUUGGCUAGGCUACCUGUAGAUUUGAUCAAGCGCAUUAACCCGUGGGAUGCUCCUCCGUUUUACCCGGAUCCUCUCGCUCCUGUGGAGGACAUGGGAAAUGUAAACGCUGUUGGAUUUUGAACUGCGUCCAUGUCCCGCCCCCCUCCGCAUCCUGGGAUAACUGAGAUGGAGCGGGUCGAGAUGGACCGGGACCAGGAGGCGGCGGAGCCACUCGUCCACGGGCCGAACCGGAUCAGGCCCUCGUCCUACCGGGCUCUACGCAGCGCCGUGUCAAGCCUGGCCCGUAUAGACGACUUCAUCUGCGAGAAGAUUGGCUCGGGCUUCUUCUCGGAAGUGUUCAAGGUGCAGCACCGUAUCAGUGGCCAGGUGAUGGCGCUGAAGAUGAACACCAUGGCCAGUAACCGAGCUAACAUGCUGAGGGAGGUCCAACUGAUGAACCGCCUGUCUCACCCCAACAUACUCCGGUUUGUAGGGGUGUGUGUUAAUGAGGGACAACUCCAUGCAUUGACAGAGUACAUCAACGGGGGUAACCUGGAGCAGCUGCUGGACAGUGACCGGUACCUGUCGUGGUCAGUCAGGAUGGGCCUGUCUCUAGACAUCGCUAAGGGCCUGCAGUACCUCCACACCAAAGGCAUCUUCCAUAGAGACCUCACCUCCAAGAACUGCCUGGUGCGUUGGGAGAGUGGCCAGUGUACGGCUGUGGUGGGAGACUUAGGCCUGGCAGAGAAAAUACCAGAGUACAGUGAAGGGGCAGACCAGCAGCCCUUGGCCAUAGUGGGUUCCCCCUACUGGAUGGCACCUGAAGUGCUGCGAGGAGAGAUCUACAACGAAAAGGUGGACGUAUUUGCGUACGGCAUCAUCUUGUGCGAGGUCAUCGCUAGGAUACAGGCUGACCCCGACUUCCUCCCACGCACAGAGGACUUUGGCCUGGACGUCGUGACGUUCCAGCACAUGGUGGGAGACUGUCCACCUGCCUUCCUGAGCCUGGCUGUCACCUGCUGCAAUAUGGAUCCAAAGCGCCGUCCAUCGUUCUCAGAGAUUGUAAUGGAGUUGCAGAGGAGAGAGACUGAGAGGACACAGAAAGACAAAGCUGUACUAAAGGAUCUCGGCCCACUGCGGAGGCGCUUCCUCUGUCUCCCCGGCGACCCUCGCCUCUGCCGCAGCAAAUCGGACGUGCUCCCUCCGGCUGUGCUCCCCACUCUGGCGCCUCCCACCCGUGUCAACCCCUUCUCCCUGCGAGAGGACCUAAAUGGAGGCAAGAUCAAACUGUUCGACACGCCCAGCAAGUCUGUCAUCUCUUUAACGUUCACCUUACCCAAACCCCCGGUUCCCUGUACCUCGCCCUCAGACAGAGAGAGGGGUACCCCCCGAGGAAGGCUCCACAGACGCUGCUUAUCCCUUCCUUGCACCCCCCCACCAGAUCUCCUGCCCCCCACCACCAAAGACAAUACCACAGAAAAGACGGGGGUAUUGCCAACUGACCUAGACGCUGAGAAUGAUGAGGGGAAUGUUGAGAACGAGAGAGGGGAGCGGGGAAUCGUGAAGGAGAGAUUUACCUUUGAGUCGAAUGAGUUCGUAGACGAGGAGGAUGUGGAGAGGAGGAAGAGCAGCGAGGGCCUCACGGGCGAUGACUCGGGGCUUCCUCUCGAUCCAGAGCUGCUGUCAUUGGACCAGCUCAGCGAGGAACAGGAAGAGGAAACUGACCAGGAAGUGGAACCUAUGGAUUGCACCAGCUCCCCUGACACUCUAGAUGGCACUCUCCCUCCACUCUCUUCUUUCCCUACUCUUCCACCUUAUUCCUCCACCACAUUCAACAACGGCUGGGGUAAUGUUACCCCCGUCUUCAAUGGUCCUCUAUGCCUGCCCCCCCUCCCCUCCCCCCACAUGGACAACAACAGCACCACGGUGGUCAUUAGUCGGCCUCUGGGAUGGCGGGGCACCAACAGGAACCACUCACCUCCUGGUAGGCCCAUUGGGGGCUCUCCAUCGGUGUUCGGGUCCGGUAAUGGUUCUGGUCCUUCUCUGGAGCAGGAGGAGAUGAUCUCGUGUCCCGGUUGCUGUCUGGUGGGUUUCCGGUUCCCUUCUCUGUGUUUCCGCACGCCCCCUCCCCGGAACCCCUAUAAGAACCUGAACGGGAACGGAGACAGUACUGGAGUCACCCGAGGGCUGCUCUAUACAGGGCCUAAAGGGAUACCGUCCUCCCCUACCAACCCCGAGCCUGGCCCUGGUCUAGCCCUGCCUGUGGCUCAGACAUAAGAGACAAAGAAUGCCCUAACCACAGAUCUAGGAUCAGAUUACCCAACCCUAUUAUUCUAACCUUAUUUCUUAGGAGGGAGAGACUGGGAACUGACCUUGGAUCAGUGCCUAUGGGCUACUUCAUUCCAUUCUUACAUAUAGAUGUUUACAUAGCUGCUGGUGGGAAGGCACUGUUGUGCUAGUGGUCUAUGAGUGGUGGGACGCCCUCUGCUGGACUGAGGCGGUAUUGAUAAUGCUGUACUGUAUAAUCCAGUAUCACGCUAUACUGAGAAGGGGAGUGAGCUGAGGUCUCGCAGAUCCCUACAGUGGAGGAAGGCUGGUAAACUGAUUUUAAUAAAGAAGCAAUGACAAUACUCUCCCUCAGCAUGAUGGCACUUGUAUUGGCCAGAGCCAUAUUUAAAUGUAAGCUAAACAUGGCUUUGGUAUUGGACCAAUCCCAUGGGAUAUGUAUUUUAUGGCAUCCUUCUAUGCUGUGGUCCAUGGCUCCUUUUCUGACAGUCACAGUUGUAAGUACAAUUUUUGAACGGUGGUGGCGUUGCUUCUAUGAGGGAUGUUAUGGAAUAGUGUUACUUAUGAAAUGUUGUGAAAUAUGAAUGUUACUAUUCAGAUGUUUGAUACUGUCUGAACGGUCGGAGGCUCAGCAGUUUGCUUUGUGUUCAGGCUGCCACACAGCUGUACGGUGCAACCUGGAGAUGCUACGUACGAAAAGGGCAAUGAAAGGUGUGUGUGAUCCGUACACUGGUCUGUUGAACGAUAUCUCGCUGUGACAUCUCUUACGGCCCUCGUGGUCCUCGGGACAAAGCACUUAUUGCGUUUUUAUUUUGACUUUUUUUUGUUUUUAUUUUUUUUGUUUUUGCAAAUGAAUGGUCAAAGACCUGCUUCAGCAAAGAGAUGUACAGAUUAAUAUUAUUUAAAAAUGGCAUUGAAUAAAACUAUAGAAUGGGACGACUGUCUGCUUUCUCUCUAGCUGGAUUGCAGGAUUGCUAGCCAACUAUCGACCCAAACCUGCCAUGAAUAACUAGGAAGCAUCAAGUAGUAGUGACUUUGGAAAUAGUGACUCAAGACUAUGUACUUGAAUUAAUAAAUAUAUAUAUUCAUCUAUAGAGCUUGCAAGGGGUUCUUUUCCCUCUGUUUCCUGUCUCACUGCUUGUCUUUGAGCUUCAGAUUAUACCAUUUCCUCUCACACCCGUGACUACUGUGUCACUUCCUGAUCCUUCCACCUCCUGCCCAUCUUUAUCUAUCCCUUCUUAUAUCUAUUAUUUUUAUUUAUCUCUCUCUCACUCUCACUCUCAAUGUAGGUAAGUGACUGCUUACGCUACUCCUUUCCUAUUCAAUUUUGGAAAAUGAUUUGUUAUGCUUUUUAUUGUCAUGUAGUCCUCUGUGACAUUGUGUGCAGCAGGGUAAUUGCAUCACUGUGUUAUCCCCUACCUCAAGGGGAUUUUGUUUUGGAAAAAGAUUUAGGCUGUGUCCUCAGUCUUUCUCAGCCUGGGGUCUAGCUUACCUGUGUCAACAUGGUGACUGCGCCAGGUGUACUGAUGACCCUUGUGUUAACAGGAUUGUGUGUCCACGUCACAGGUAAGCCUUUUGCUCCCUCAAACCCACAUUUCUUAAAUAACCCGAACCCUCCAUAUUGGGGACAGUGACUGAUCUAAUUUACACCAUCUAUGGGGGGGGGGGCUCACUAGAGUUACUCAUAUAUAUGGUUUGAUCUCAAUGGAUUACAUGGCCAACUAAAGGUUGAAAUGGUGUCAGUCAUGUUAUGUCUGUGAAUUGUUCACGCAUGGUUAUCCUUGUUUAUGUGAGAUCUUGAAUAUGAAAGUGUAGCAUAUGUGAGAAUGUGUGUGUGUGUGUGUGUGUGUGUGUGUGUGAUCUAUCCCUGUGUGUUUGUGUUGACUUUGAAGUGUUUCCGUGUGAACUCUCAGGAUCAUCUAGAGCCGUCUGCACCACCCGUCUGUAUUCCCUGAACUUAAACUGUGUCCUGCAGUGGGAUUGUCCACAGGCGAACGCUACCACCACCUACACCGUCCAAACUAAGACUCAGGGGUGUGUCUGACUCCUCAUUGCUCACUAUUGACUUAAUGGACUAGUAUCUAGCUCGAAGGUUCCUCUCAGCUAAAUGCUCUUCUAAGAUUCUGGGGUUCUGUCUGUCUGCUGUCUCCAUUGACCUAAUCGAUCUAGCUCAAAUAGUAUGUUGUAUUACUGUUUUGCCAUUUUCUAGAAUUGGUAGUGAAUUGUUUCUGAGAAAACCACUACAUCUUCUGUAAUGUUUGUUCUGUGUGUAACUAUGUUAUAGUCAUUUUAAGUAGAGUAUUUUUUAAAUCAAGUCAUUGAAGGAUGUAAUCAGCACUGGGAUUCUGAUUAGUCAUUUACUUUACAGUGAAGCUAAUGUGGAUAGUGCAACUGUUGGGUGUCUGAGGGGAAAGCUAGCCUAGAAAGGAAAUGGAAAGCAAAUUUAUUGUGUGAACAAAGCGCUCUAGCGAUGCGGAGAGGAGCCGGUGAGAGGGGUAGCGUGAGAGCGGAGAAUUUCAAACAUGUGGUUUUUGCAGAGGGAUGAAUCAGUCACUCGAGUCCAUGGUUGGUUGACUUUAUGGGUAGAUGGGUUCCGAUAGAUGGGCACGAUUGUUUUCUACCACAGCUGUGAAAACACCCUGGCUGCUCCUCUCCCCUGCCACCUGGUUUCAGUCAUAACCAUCACCACCCAUGUCGUCCAACAACCAGUGUGUGCCUGUUAUCUUGUGUGGGUAUUGCAUAUUUUCAGAAAGGACAUUUCCACAUACAUUUUAGAAGAUCGGAAUAAUAAAUACCACAUAGUUAA